CUCUAAAGAACCAUUUCAGAGUCAACCUGGCAGCGCUGGCCUCCCAAAAACAUCUGCUUGCCUAUCAAGAGGCUUACCCGUCUCGCAUGCGGUCAGUCUCUAACAGAAGGAAGGUUCCGUGUCCAAAACGCACCAAAGGAGAGUAGGGGGGGUUUGGGGGCUGCUGUGGAUUAGAUUGGUCUAAUAAAAGAGUUGAUUAAUUGAAAGGCAGAUUAGGGGCCCGUGAAGGAGACUGUUUUUCUUGCAAACAUGCUCGGGAUUUGAAAUGAAUUGAUGAUAUGUGUAGCAUUCUUCAAGCGUGUGGCAGUGGAGCCAUUGAAAUGCUAAGCAAACAGCUUUUGUUCCUGGAAAUGGUGUACAGUCACUGUAAAUUGGUUAGUAGCUACAUGUCAGGCAUCUUUGAAUACGCAUCUGUUUGUGUGCAUUACCUCCAGAUACACUCACACACUUAUGCACAUAUUGGCGUAAUAAAGAUGACCCACAGAGUUUGCAAUCAGAGAAGACGUGUAACUGUAUACUGAGUAUACACUAGAAAGCUGAUCCCCUCUCAGGCCACUACGACUGGUGCUGGGGGAGGGCUCUGGUUACCCAGCUUUGUGUCAAAACGGCAUCAGCUAAGAGUUAGAGACUGAGAGGACAAAAGCAGGAUCACUAAAGAACGGGCCUCAAGUAAGAGUCUACGAUAUUACAAUAUAGAAAGACGGGAGAAAGGGUUACAUAAAACAAGAAAGUUUGGAGGAUAGGACGAGAGGGGUCAAAAUACCAAUAAGGGUAGUGAGUGAGCAUUCGUAACCUGGAAUCUUAUUUGGCAUUUUAGGGACUGACAUGCGAGUGCUCUCUGAGAUCUCUCAGGAGAGCCAUUUAAAGGAUGUGUCUGUCUGAAAGACACAAAUAAAGCUGGACAUCCAGUCUGAAAAGAAACAAACAUGUGACUGAAGUAAAAUGACUUAAAAGAGGACAAGGAGGCGACAAAUUAAUCAAACGUCAAGACGAGGCAUCGAGAAGAAGCGGCUUGGUUCUGGAGCAACAUCUCUUUAAGAGAUCAGAAGUCCCAUAAUCCCAAAGGCAGGCACCGGAGAGGACGAGAGACAGAAAAACGAAGGUAAAUUGAGAAGGAGAGGCAAUGAGAAAGAGGAAGGGGGUGAAAGAGGCACAGAGGAAGUGGAACCAUUGGGAUCAGGGUGACGUCAACGGCUCUCUGGAUUGAGGUGUUGAGUCCUCCUGAUUAUAAUCUGAACUGAUUAGGAAACAGAGGAAAAAAAUCUCCAGAGCAUUUGCACGCUCCCCAGGGAGCAAGACGUCUUUUAUACAGAGGAGAGGCCAAGGAACGGGAACGAAACCAAUAGAGGACCAGGGUUACUUGGGAAGAGAUUUUAAAAAACAUUUAGGCCUACAGCUGAAAAAAGAAGAGGCUACAUUAAGGAUAACAAACUAAAAGUCUGCAGGCUUUUAAUAUUAAGUUUCUUUUCUGGACUGUGUGGAUUUUAAAGCCAGGAUGCCCUCCAAUGGCAGUAAAGCCCUUAAGCUACAAUUUGGGCUUAUAAAUCAUGAGAAUCGCUAUCUAACAGCAGAGGCCUUCGGGUUCAAAGUAAACGCAUCAGCUCCAAGUCUCAAGAAGAAGCAAAUAUGGACCCUUGAGCAAGAAAACCAGGACGGUCAAGUGGUUUUCCUGCGCAGUCACCUGGGUCGCUACCUGGCCUCCGACAAAGACGGCAAAGUAAGCUGCGAGGCUGAGACAAAAGAAAACGACUGCCGCUUCCUCAUCGUGGCGCAGUCAGAUGGACGCUGGGCCCUUCAGUCCGAGCCCUACCUGCGAUUCUUUGGAGGUUCAGCGGACUACCUUUCCUGCUUUGCUCAGACCAUCGGUGAAGCCGAACUAUGGGCCGUGCACCUGGCCCUGCACCCCCAGGCCAGUCUGCUCAGUGUGGCCCGCAAACGCUAUGCCCACCUUGCAGCCCCCGAGGGAGAGAUCGCUGUUGACAGCAACAUCCCAUGGGGUGUGGAUGCUCUUCUAACUCUCGUGUACAUGGAUGGCAAAUACUGUUUAAAGACCAGUGACAGCCGUUUCUUGACCAAUGAUGGGAAACUGUCCUCUGAAAGUGGCCGUGGGACAGGUUACACCUUGGAACUGAAAUCGGGCAAGUUGGCCUUUAAGGACUAUGAGGGGAAGUACUUGACCCCAAUGGGGCCCACUGGAACUCUGCGUUCCGGACGCUGCUCUAAACCUGGCAAGGAUGAACUGUUUGAUCUUGAGGAGAGCCAUCCACAAGUGGUGUUUCAGUCCGCCAAUAACAGAUUCGUCUCCAUCCGACAGGGAGUGAGCGUCUCAGCCAAUCAGGACGAUGAGACCGACAUGGAGACGUUUCAAAUGGAAAUCGACAGAGAUUCGAAAAAGUGCACGUUUAGAACCAAUGAAGGAAAUUACUGGACGCUUGUGUCUCACGGAGGCAUCCAGUCAACAGCCACAGAAGUCGGUGCCAACACAAUGUUUGACAUAGUGUGGCUUGGUCGACGGGUGGCACUGCAGGCCAGCAACGGAAAAUAUGUUUGCGCCAAGAAAAAUGGCCAGCUUGCUGCUGUCAGUGACUCUGCGGGUGAAGAUGAGCAGCUUAUUCUGAAACUGAUCAACAGGCCCAUUCUGAUUCUUAGGGGAGAGAACGGCUAUGUGUGUCACCACAAGAACUCCAAUACGCUGGACGCCAAUCGUUCAGUUUAUGACAUAUUUACACUGCACUUCAAUGACGGUGCAUAUCACAUUAAAGGUGCUGGUGGAAAGUUCUGGUAUGUGUCCAACAGUGGCUUGGUGUGUUCUGAUGGAGACACACCAGAAGAUUUCUACUUUGAAUUCCUAGAGCACGGACGAAUAGCCAUAAGGGGUAAAAAUGACAAAUACCUCCGUGGGGACCAAGGGGGCAUCCUGAAAGGAGAUGGGGAGAUCGCAGACAGCUCUUCUCUCUGGGAAUACUGACACAUUGUGGACAUUUAAGGAACUGUCACUCUGUCACGUGUUGGAUUUACAAUUGUGAGGCAACCAUUUGGUACAUUUGGACAUCUUUGUUUUCCUGUCAGUCAGCAUUUACUGUAUUGUCACUAUUCAGCACAUGGAUUACAUGUUUAUAUCAAAUCUGUUUUUGGAGAAUGUACACACAAGCAAUGUUUUUAUUUAUUGUUGUUUUUUAACCCUUAAUAACUCUUUAUCUGUUUGUUUUUAACCCUUAAUAACUCUUUAUCAGUUUGUCUUACAUGUUAUAAUUUGUUACCCUUGUCAAUGUCAUUUCCAGGAAUGCUUUUUUGUGCUCUGGGGUGACAGACUGCUGUGUUUGUUAUAUUGACAUAAAGACAUAGAAAUAUAUUUGCAUAUAUAGGGUUGACAAAUAAAGUCUUUUAUGUCAUUUCUUUAAGCGUUCUAGAAAUCAACAUGCAGGGAAAUGAAAAACCAAGUGAGAACAGGCUACACAAUAAUUACUUUUAAAUUUAGUCUUUCCCAGUGAAAGGAAUCAGUAUUAAAUCCAUUUAUUCCCUAUUAUGAUUUAAUGUUUAUUUUUUUCUUUCUUUAAUCCAUCUGGAAAGAUUUUACA